AUGCCCAGCCCAGCCUUGCGAGUUACAUUUAGAGAAGAUAUUCAGGAAAAACCCAAAAGAAUACUACAACAACAACAACAACAAAAAACCCAAAAAUACAGUUUGACGUCAAUAAAGGGAAACCGCCACAAUUUUUAUACUGCGAUUUCUAAAGAUGUCACUUAUAAGGAACUUAAAAACCUGUCGGAUUCUAAAAAAAUUUUUUUUUUUUUUGAGACGGAGUCUCGCUCUGUCGCCCAGGCUGGAGUGCAGUGGCGCAAUCUCGGCUCACUGCAAGCUCCGCCUCCCGGGUUCACGCCAUUCUCCUGCCUCAGCCUCUCCCUCAGCCUCCCAAAGUGCUGGGAUUACAAGCGUGAGCCACCGCGUCCAGCCUCUAAAAAUCUUAUGUUAAUUGAUGUUAGAGAGAUAUGGGAAAUUCUGGAGUAUCGAAAAAUUCCUGGGUCUAUCAAUAUACCAUUGGAUGAAGUAGGUGAAGCUCUACAGAUGAACCCAAGAGACUUCAAAGAGAAGUACAAUGAAGUUAAAGCAUCCAAAUCUGACAACUAGUGUUUUCUUAUUUAGCCGGAGUGAGAAGCAAGAAGACCCUGGACACAACAAUAUCUCUGGGCUUUCACAGGCUGAAAUGCAGUGGCAAGAUCACAGUGCAUUGCAACCUAUACCUCCUGGGCUGAAGCAAUCCUCCCACCUCAGCCUCCAGAGUAGCUGGGACUACAGGCAUGCACCACCACAUCUGGAUAGUUUUUUCACUUUCUGUCGGGACAGGGUCUCACUAUGUUGCCCAGGUUAGUCUCGAACUCCUAGCCUCAACUGAUCCUACUGCUUCUACCUCCCCAAGCACUGGAAUUACAGGCAUGAGACACCAUGCCUGGCCAGUAUAGUUUUUAAACAUACAAAAUAUUAUAUUAAUAUUUAGGCAUAUGGACAUAUAUAGUGUAAGUAUAAAUAAAUUAUAAAAAUAAUAUCCACUUCUGCAUGGUUUCCAAUGGGGGAAGGGAGAGGAACACAAUAGGCUUUAACAGUAUUGUUGACUAUUUUAUUUAAUAUGUUUGGUAGGUAAGCACUUAUUUUUACCUUUUGUAUGCAUGGGACAGGAACUGUUGUCCCCACUUGGCUACAAGACUAUAUACCUUUGGAUUCAUGGUACCCUUUUUUUUUUUUUAAGAAAAAAACUUGAUAAUGUAUUCUAUUUACGCAAAUAAACAAAGGGUUAAUAAAUUAGAAUAAUGUAUCUUCUAUAUUAGAUCAAACUUAGAAAGACAAUUUUAGUUGUCAUUCUGAUAUAAAGAUUUAACAAAUUUUAUGUGUGUGUAUAUAUAUAUAUACGGUUUUCUUUUUGGUUGUUUUUUUUUUUUUUUUUUUUGAGAUGGAGUCUCGCUCUGCUGACCAGGCUGGAGUGCAGUGGCACGAUCUUGGCUCACUGCAAGCUCCACCUCCCGGGUUCACGCCAUUCUCCUGCCUCAGCCUCCCGAGUAGCUGGGAUUACAGGCACCCGCGACCAUGCCUGGAUAAUUUUUUUUGUAUUUUUAGUAGAGACGGGGUUUUACCGUGUUAGCCAGGAUGUUCACAAUCUCCUGAUCUUGUGAUCUGCCCGCCUCAGCCUCCCAAAGUGCUGGGAUUACAGGCGUGAGCCACCGCACCCAGCCUUUUUUUUUUUUUUGAGACAGGGUCUUGCUCUUUCUCCCAGGGUGGAGUGCAGUGGUGUGAUCUCCACUCACUGCAACUUCUGCCCCUGGACAAAUUAUACUUUUUAAACUGCACUGACUUAUACAACAAUUUUUUUUUUCUUUUAGACAGGGUCUCACUCUGUCUCCUGGCUGGAGUGCAGUGGCAUGAUCACAGCUCACUGUAGCUUGACUUCCUGGGCAGCUCACAUGAUUCUCAUGCCUCAGUGUCCUGAGUAGCUAGGACAACAGGCACAUACCACCACAGCCAGCUAAUUUUUCUAUUUUUUGUAGAAGUGGGGUUUCACCAUGUUUCCCAGGCUGGUCUCAAACUCCUGGGUUCAAGCAAUCACCCUGCCUUGGUCUCCCAAAAUGUUGGGACUACAGGCGUGAGCCACAGCACCUGGCCUUAUGCCAACAAAACUCUUAUGAGUA